UUCUUCUUGUGUUUCAGGUUUUGGCGUCAGGAUGACUUCUCGAGUUUUGUCCGCCUUCUUCUUCAUCACUUUGGUUUCAUCUAUCACUGCUGAUACCACCGGCCUCAAACUGCGAAUCACCAACAGAGCUCUGGAUGUUUUGAAGGAUCUUGGUCUGGAGUAUAUGCAGACUCUGGUUAAUCACCGUUUUGCAGACUUCAAUUUUCAAGGGCGCAUAUUUAAGGCGACCAUCAAAGGGUUCAAAUUCACUUAUCUGUCAGUGAAUCCGGCUCAAACAGCUGUUAGUUUCCAGCCGAACUCUGGUCUCCAGUUUGAAAUCAGGAACAUGGGCUUCUCCGGGGAGUUUGUUCGAUCAUUCUACAUGCAUUUCCUCUGGAGAGACCGUCGACUCAGCACAAAAUCCGUUACCUUCAGUGGAAGAGGUGUGAACAUCAAGAUUGGAGUGAAUCUGAAGAGAAACCCACAAGGACGUCUGAAUGUCCAGAUAUCAACCUGUGAAGUCAAAGCUGAUCACAUCAUCACAAGGCACCACAGCAUACUGGGGCGGCUUUGGGACUUACUCAAACCACUUUACCGAUGGUUAUUCAACCGCAAGUUUUGUCCUGCUGUUCAGGAGUACGCUGUGCCUAAAAUCAAUGCCAUGUUGGAGAGCAUCACCAUGACAAAAAAGCUUCAUGAAAGCUACAACCUCGACUACCACCUGAGCAGCGACAUCACAGAAACCCCUUCAUGCCUCGACGUGCCCUUCAGGGGUGUAUUUUUCAGGCAGGGGGAGACUGUUGACCUCAGCUCUAUAAAGAGUCGUAUGGAUCCAGUUUUCAGUGAAAGUUACCGGAUGGCUUAUGUGGGCUUCUCUGAGUUCUUCUUCAACAGCAUUGCGAUGUCACUCCAGAAGACCGGACCUUUUAAGUUAACAAUUCCAAAGCUAAGCUCCCUUAAAGAACGUGCUCUGGCUGCUGUGGGACUCUCUACGGGUCGUAUCAAAUUGAAGCUCGCUCAGUCGCCCACAGUCAGGAUCAGUAGAAAUGGAGUCUCUGCCACUGUGAAUGCCAGAGUCCAAUCUUUAGCAAGACCAGCUAACAAGAAUCCAACCGUUCCUGUGGCCUGCCAGGUGGAUAUCAAGGUCGACAUCAAAGGAAACCGUCUGAUCCUUCGUUCUACAAAGCCUGUCAAAUGUAAACUCAAACCUAAAACAUUCAAAGGAAGAUUUAUGGCGCUGUUCGUUAACAUCGGCAUAAACAGAUAUAUUACAGGCACCUUGAAGCGCUUGAUUGAAGGGCUUUUGAUCCCUCUGCCUAAAGGAGUCCGCUACACUGAGGGGAAGAUCGACUAUCAUGACGGCUUCGUGGUGAUUGGAGGGAGCCUGAACUUCACUCCAGCUGGGAGGAGGACGGUGCUGAAAAGAAUCGGCAGAGUUUAACAUGAGCUACUUUCUGUAUCUUACAAACUUUGCUGUUUUCAGUCAGUCACACCAAAUCUCAUAUGAUUAAUGUUAAAUUUAACAAAUCACAUUUAAAGACAGAAACAGCAGGUUGGUGAUGAUCCUGUUAGCUUUCACUUUCUCUCUCAUGUAAUCGCUGAUUUUAGAUUUGACGCUUGUGCAGUUGUGAUACUUCUGUACCUGCAUUAGUACUGUUACAACAAGGUAAAAGUACUAUUAUUAGUGUCACAUCCCGCUGCAGCUUUUUACUCUUACA